AUGCCGAAUCUCCCAGAAAAUAGACCGGUGGAGCAACUAUUCCUGGAGUAUUCAAUCCAAGAUGUUCACAGCAGGAAUAAAAGAUUUCAAAUCGUCGAGCCCUGGGGUAGCCUAUGCGUCAACGCCAUACGCGAGGAAAGAUUCGGAGACGCUAUCUGGGCACGCUAUCAUAUUUCCGGAGGGGUGGUGAAUGGAAUCGUCGGCGGCUCAGACAAUAUGACUGUGCUUGAAGUUAUCAAGGAAGAUGCAUUGGGCUAUAGAGUUGGUGACCCAGAGGAAUAUGCCAAGGCUUUGUUGCUCUAUGCAAAAUCUAGUCCUGCCGACGGGCAUGCCGAUGUGUUAGAGCUCAUUGCCAAUCUUCCGGAGAGCGAUAUUGCUCGGGUUCAGGCCGAAUAUGAUAUCGAGAGAGAAGAGCAGAGACAGGCGGAGAGAGAGGCUGAAGAGGCGGAUUCGGAGCCUGAAUGGGAGCGAGCUUGUUUGUAG